AUGGGGAAAGGAAAGCCCUUGCGCCUCAACUCGCGCGCACACAGUUGUGCGACCCUCUACGCCGGCCAAUCCUUUAUGAAGGGUCAGUAUACGAAACAAGAACCCGAGAACAUCGAGCACGACCUACGUGCAGCGGAGAAGCGGCUUGCCGAGCUCAGGGACAAGGCUCGCAAGAUCGAGUCGUCGGAUGUGGGCACAGAGGAUCCUCAGAAGGUUGUGUUGGCAUCCCCGGUUGUGCCAGCUGCCCGACCGAUUGCCACCCCAGCCCGUGCAGUGUCAAGUGAUGCUCAACCCGGCUCCCAGCAGCUUUGGGAAGAAGCUUUCCCAAAUGACAGAAAGCCUGAUCAGGAUGAUGAUUCCCAGUCAGGUGCCAUUGGUCCAGCUGAGGUACCCGAGGCUACGAGGACCAAGGUUCUAAGUGCUGCUUUGGAAUCUAGACCGACCCAUCAGCCCGAGCCCGCCGACUCCGACGACGAGUUGAUUAUGGAUGUGGAUUGUGACCUGAGAUCCAACACGAUCCGUAUCAGUGCCAAGGAGUACAAAGCCUAUGUGAGCGAAGAAGUUGCUGAGCGGUGGAUGGAAAUCGUUAUCCGCAACAUCAAGGAGGGCAAGGUCGUUAUUGAUAGUGGCUACUAUACUGAAGCUGCGAUGAAGUCCGAGCUGAAGUUCGAUAAGGACCGGGUGAAAGCCGUCGUCGCAUACUGCACCGCGAACAGAGCUCGCCGCCGGGCUUUGACGAGGCGAGACAAGUACCAGCGCCACAUCGUCGAAUAUUGGAUCGAUGUGCGCACCAGCGGGUCCCUAUCUCGGACCCACCAGGAACAGUUCUCUCAGUUCGUGGAGAUUAUCGACGAUAAUCUUUCGCUACCCCCGCCUAUGCUUGGAAACGAAACCCGUCCAUGCUAUGAUGAAGAUGAGUAUGAGGAAGACACAGAAGAUGAUGAAGAGGCUGAUGACAAAGCCCCGACGACGACCCCAAAGCUUAAGCGCAAGCGACGACGAGGAAAAACCCCGAGCCCGAAGUCCAAGCUGGAAAGCAAGAAAAGACGAGAAAAGGCAGAGGCGGUUGAGACCGCUUUGGAGGACAUCGAGAAGAUUCCCCAGGUGUUGGGGGAGAUCCUGAAAAUCCGAAUCAAGAUAGACAACACCCUCGACAAGUUGAAAGACUUGAAAGUUCCCAGGGAUUCCAAGGAUGAUGCGAAGAAGUUGUCCAGCUGCACUAUUCAUGCUGACGAGCUCAUGACCCUCCAUGACAACCUCGCUGAAAUCAAGGCCGAGAAUGGCAAUGGGGAACCAAGUGAGAAGACAAGUCGCAUCACGAUGGAUGAAGAAGCUGAAAAGGUCUCCGAUCGCCUGCUAUGUAGUAUAGCUGCUGGGUUCGUGGACGAAUGCCGCGAUGCCGACCCUGACCUAGCUGAAAACCUUCGAAGCUCCAACCUACUUCGUGAAAUGCACCGGAAGUCCGAAACGAAGCAUGAAAGUGCUUGUGGGAGAGCUUUCAAGAAGGAGGGCCUAUCUUGUCCAGUACCUAUUGAGAAAGUCGAUGUUGGUCAUUCCACCAUGCAUCCUGUUCUCAAGUUGAAAGACUUUCUGAAAGGCUUGUCUUCGUGUGGGCACUUGCCAUCGUUGUGGGGCUCCAACAAGGCAGAAGAUCGAACUGAUGUGCUGCCAAAGUUCUGGCGACGCUGGAAGGUCCACGAUGGAUCGCACCAGGUGUUCCAGCAUCAUCGAGGCUGCUUAGACGUGGUCUUACCAAUCCAACUUCAUGCAGAUGAAGGGCAAACCUUGAAAAAGUCUGGAGUCAUGGUAGUGAAUUGGCAGUCGCCCAUAGGAUUUGGUGUUUCGACACAAGAUGAUACUGCAGCUGCCAUGUCCGUGAACUUUCUGGGUAGUUCGAUUGCGACAAGGUUUCUGUACACUGUCUGCAUCAAACGGUGCUACAGCAAGAAGAAGCGCUACGUCCUGGACGGGAUUUUCGAGAACUUAGCUGACGAGCUUCGGGAUUUAUUCUACAACGGGGUGUCUCUGAAGAUCGGGGAUCAAGAAUUAACUUUCUACGCGGCUUCGAUUGGUUUGAAGGGUGUGUACGAAGAAUCUGCAAAAAGUGGCUUUUGCCACUUGUGCUGUGCUGGGCAGGAGGGACCUUUAUGCAGGGUGCCACAGUCGGCCGCCAAAGAAUACAUGCACAAGUUCGACCUCUUUCAUACACUUCACAAAGGUGUUUUUGCAGAGCUGGCUGCAAGUGGCGACUUUCAAGCACAGCUGGACUCGAUUUACAACAUGGCCAGGGAGCACUGCCAAGCUACAAAGACACCCUUGCAUAUGGACAAUUUGACGAGACAUCUGAUCAAGUUUCCGGGGGACUACGAGUAUCCAAGCGGGUAG